AUGGGAACAGAAAUAACAUUUCAGUAUAAAAAAAACUCACAUUUUUUGCUAGAACUUCACAUCGGUAAAAAAGAAGCAAAAAGGCUUAAAAAGCAAAUUAAAAAUAAUAAUUUACUUAUAAUUGAAACAGAAAAAUACAAUGAAAAGUAUAAGUAUGUUAUAGAGAAAACACAUAGUUGUAAACUAAAUAAAGGCGUAUUGAGAAUUGAAUUUAACGGAAAAGUUUAUAGAAACGACGCAUUAUCUACUUAUGAACAAUUAGAACAUUUCACUCAUAAAAUUGAAGAUCCCUAUUAUAUUUUUUAUCAACUUGAACGAGGAUCUGAAGCGAAAGAAACUCCAAGUUCUAUCGUGCAAGAUCAACAAUCCGCUGAUAAUGUUGUCAACACUUAUUAUAAUCCAGAUAUACAUUGCCCUUUCAAUAUUGUUUGCAUGAGCUAUUUAGCACUUGGAGCAACAUUAAGUGCUGUAGUUGGUCCAGGAGCUGGAGUAGUCUUUAUAGUAUCUGGUAUAAUUUAUACACUAAUCACUGGUACUACAAAGACUCGUGAACAAGCCAGUGAAAAUAGACCAUCAGACACAAACACAUGUGCUACUGUGGAAACUGCAUUACAGGAUGCAUCUGUUGUUUCUCGCGUUAAGAUGCCAGCUAAAACCAGUGGCAAAAAUUAA